AAUUGGUGAAGCAAUCUACGGACGAGCUCCUCCUCCAUUUUGUUGUAUGCGACUUGAUAUUUUUCCCUCAAAAUGGAUGGUCCUUCAACUCAAAAAUACCCCCUCUAAGUUAAGUUUGACACAUUUAGAAAAAUCUUUUCUGUAAUUUUGGAAGCUAUUCAAGGAUUCGAAUCCAUAGCUCUCGGUUAUUUAACCACCCGAUUAGCUAGAGUGGCAGUAUGGUGGCUGCAAGGUAGAUAUAUCCUUUCAUUCUAUAUCAUUAAACAACUGGAAAGUGCAUAUUCUGCGUCCGCCAUUGAAUCGUUUCCCGCGUGACAAAUCCUAAAGCCAACCUCUGAGCUCGUCACGCGAAGGUUUCAGAACUGGACGCUGGAGACAAGGCCGACGACAGCUCGCAGGCGCUGCUCUUGUGAACAGAAGCUAUCAUAGAACGAACAAGCUUAAAUGGCUCCAUUAAAGUAUAGAAUUUUUGUAAGGUUAGAUACUUUUUGAAACACUGUGAUUUCUGGCAAAUAUUUGUCCCUUAAUCAAACCAAAACGAACUUAUGUACAUUAGCGAUGGAAAUAAAUACAUUUUAUAUACUAAUCGCACAUAAACAACGCAUUAGUUUAUGACCAAAGGUUAUCAAAGCAGCUCUCGUGCUCGAGCGUUUCUUACGCCACACAUACUCGUACAUGUUGUGAUAAGCGUCCUCCAAACAACAACAGCAACAGCAGCAGCAUCUUUUACUAACUCGCUUUCUUUUCUUGGCUUAGCACACCGCCAAUCGAUGUCUACUAUGCCAUUCGCUCGCAGUUUGUCAAACUAAUCGGCAGUUUAGAGAUUAAACACAAUUAAACAUUGUCAAAACAAAAUUUUGUUGCCUUGCAAAAUUCUUUCACUUUAUUUAUUUUUUUUUACGAUUCAAGUGUCAUAGGAAUUAUAUUAUUGUUUGUGUGCAAAGCAAACAGCGGAAAAGAAUUAAUAUAGAACAGACACCAAGCCGCGCACAUUUUGAAAUUGUAAACACCAAAACAGUAGAAAUUGCUAUUCUUAUCGGUGAUAACCUUUUCAAUAACAUAAAAUAGCAAAAAUAAGUGAUUAAAACGCACUAGACACUUAUGUUCUUCAGCAAAUUUUGAACUUGCUCUUAAAUUACGCGCUACGUCAUUUGGCAACAGUUAAUUAAGAACCCCAGCGGAAGUGAAACGCAACGCCGGCAACGUACACAAAUUUAUUUGAAAUAUAAAAACAAACUAAAAUUCACCUAAGGCCAUGUUAACACGUUGUGCUACACGCCUCGCGCAUCGUUUGCAGUCUGCACGUCGUCAUUUCAACAGCAAUGUUGCUAGCACCGAUGGCGAUGCCAAAGCGCGCUUGGGCAUAAUCGGCGUACCCUUUUCAAAGGGUCAGGGCAAGGGUGGUGUGGAGAAAGCACCCGCACUUCUGCGUGAGCAUGGCCUUGUGUCGCUGUUGGAGCAAGUUUCUCAUGGCAAUAUGGAAGUGCACGACUACGGUGAUUUACAAUUUGACGUCGAUCCGAUACCUACAGAAGCGCCCGAAUAUAGUAAAAUAAAAAAUUAUGGUGAAUUUAUGGGUUGCAAUAAAGCUUUGAUUCGCAAGGUGCAAGAGGUUUUGCAGGAAAGCGAUCAAUUUCUGACGAUCGGCGGUGAUCAUGCGAUUGGUUUUGGCUCUGUCGCCGGCCAUUUACAACACACGCCCAAUCUUUCACUCGUCUGGGUGGAUGCACAUGCGGACAUUAAUUUGCAUAAUACCUCGGAGUCUGGUAAUAUUCAUGGUAUGCCUGUCUCAUUUCUACUCAAGGAACUACGGGUCUUCUGGCAGCAUGCAAAGCUUGAGCAAACGGCGCCAGUAUGUUUGGCCGCCGAUCAGCUUGUAUAUAUUGGCUUAAGGGACAUUGACCCGUACGAAGCAUAUAUCCUUAAUAAAUUGGGCAUACGAGCGUUUGCCAUGGAUUCUGUGGACAAAUAUGGCAUUUCAAAAAUCAUUGAGCGUACUUUGGAUUCACUGAAGCCACAAAAUAAGAUACAUGUCAGUUUUGAUAUUGAUGCGUUGGAUAAGACUGUGGCGCCCAGCACCGGCACCGCGGUGUGCGCGGGUCUCACAUUGCGUGAGGGCAUUUCUGUAGUGGAAGCGUUACGUGAUACAAAUCGUGUGCAGGGCAUCGAUUUGGUCGAGUUAAAUCCGAGCCUGGGUAAUGAACAGGAUGUAAAGACGACGUUAGCGUCGAGUUUGGAGAUAUUGAAGAGUAUAUGUGGCUAUAAGCGUAGUGGAAAUUUCGCCAAUAUAAAAAUGGAUUUAUUUGAAACGGUGGAAAAUUAAUUAAGCAAAAGAAAUAUAAAAAUUUACAUUAUGCAUAUAUAGUA